AUAUUCACCUGUUGUGUAUUUGCUGAUUACCUGAGACCUGGACACUUUUUAAGCAUCGUGACCCACUUGAAUAUGACUGACGUUAGAUUUGAGGGACUUCUGCACAAACCAGGGAGGAUACCUGGACGAAAAACAAAGGUUUGGUGCGUUUUGGAUGGGAAAGAACUAUUUUUCUACAGAGAAAAUAAGAGGUCAUCUUGUAUCGGUUCGCUGGAUUUGACGCUCGUGAGGAAGGUAGAGAAAGUGGUUUCCACAGGUAGCGAGUUUCUAAUCGACUAUGAUGGCCGGUUUGCCCUUUAUGCUGCAGAGAACAGUGUGAAAUGUGACGAAUGGAUCACGUACAUUAAACAAGCUAUCCAACCUCCUGACAAAAGUGACGAAAAACCUAUCGCUGAACAAGCCCAUACAAAAGAAACCCACAGGUACGAAAAGGCAGACGACAAGACAACAUCGAUCAAAUCCAGAACUGAGACUCUUAAACCUUCUGCUGAAUACAAGCCGGGAGGCCAAAAAGUUGUUAAUGAAGUUUCUAUUGUGCAGAAAGAAGUUCAAAGCAAACCAACUGUGAGUGACAAACCGCAUAGACGACCAUCUUACAAAAAGGAAGAAAUUAACAGAUCUAAUUUGACUGCAAAUAGCAGACAUGUAAAUUCAAAGCGUGAAGUUGAGACGGUUGAGAAAAAUGUACCUGUAAGGGAUCUAAAUUUCACAAAGCCAGAUUCUUCUUGGGAGGCAGGUGGCAAAGAAAGUGCAGACCAAACGCAAAAGAAUUCUGUAAAAACAGGAAGUUACAAAGAGAAAUUAGCAAAGGAUGUCUUACAUUCAAAUUUGAGUGGUAAGGAAACUGAAACAAAGUGUGACAGUGGCAGGCCUGAAACAUAUAAUUCUAAACCAGAAAACAUUUACACAUCCCAAACUGAUAUUAAACCUAAUUUAGGAAAUAGCACAAGUUUUUCUUCCUUUCCUCACACUCAAGAAGAAAACAGACCAGACUCUGGGUAUGAAACACUAGUUGGUAGUGAAAGUAGGAAGAGUGUUGCCACAGAAGACUAUGGCGAAGUUGAUAUUUCUUGUGUUGUAAUGAGAAAAAGCAGAAGAUCAAUACCAAGUAUCACCAUGAACAAUUCAGAAGUGGAGAUUCCCAAAAUGGAGUCAGGGCCUAGUUCAAAUGGACCAAAAGAAACCAGCUACCAGAUUUCAGACAAAGAUUCUCCUUGUGAACGUACUACUGAAGAAAAGUGUAUUCAAAAAGAAGAGUCAGUCCUGCUGAGAAAUGGAGAUAUUCACAAAGAUCAAAAUUCAGAGGUGGACGAGGUUUAUAAAAAUGUAAAUAAUACCGUGAAGGAUGAGAAAAAAGAAAAGGACAAUUCUGAGGAAACUGCAAAUGAUUAUGAUUAUGUACCUAUGCGUAGGAAUAUUGUAAGCAAGAGAAGCACUAUGGUUGACGUCCAUGUACCUCAAGUUGUCCUUGAAGCUGAUGAAGAUGACGAUAAUGAUGAUUAUACACAACCGUCAUCAGAAGGCGGUUUGUUAACAGAAGAACAGGAAGACUUGUUAAUGAAUUUAACAUUUGAACCAAUCGAAGAACUUCCCUUUAAACUGGAUGAUGUACAAAAUAACAGAUUAGAUUUCUUCGAGAUUCAAGGUUUAGUAAAAGGUAGUAAAAUUCAGGUUAGAAAUUCUGUUUCUUCUGACGAAAACCCAGUAGAAAGUUUACGCAAACUCCUCGACAAAUUGUAGGCUUUCCAACCUGAAUCUACCGGUACAUUUUUUUUUUAGAAAAGGGAACCUCCCUGUUAAAAUAUUGUGAAGUCUCUCAUAUCAAAAUGUACAAACAUUAAUAUAUUUCAAAGAUACAAGUACAUUUUUUUUUGGAAUAUGUUCAAAUGUUGAAUGUGAUUAUGUCAAACGUCAAUAUGAGAAGUGAACAGACUGCUCUGAAUGUGGUACAUGUAUUUGUAUAUAUGCUAACCGAGUUUUGCACUGAAUGAAAAGGUAAUAAUUUUAACAAAUAGAAUAGUGGUACAUGCAAAACAUAUCGUGCAAUUAACGUCCCUAUAUGAAGUGCUAGCAAAACAUAAUGAGGAAGACUUAUAUGGGUAACACUUGAAAAUAUGAAUAUAUAAGGUUUGUUUGGCUUACAAGAAGAACAGCAUUAUGUAUGCAUGAAGAUGUUGUAAGCUGUCAGUAUCUACUAGCUAAGCAAGCACCAUUUUUGCAAUAGGAAUACAUUUGCUUUAUUCAGUUCCAUUUUGUAAAUAUUAACUGUUUUACAAUAUACAUGCAUUUGUAGAACUUGAAAAUUAAUUAGUAACACAACAAUUUGAUAUACAUUUGUGCAAGUUUUAAUGCACACAUAUUUUGCAAGGAAUUGCAUUUAUGUUUUUUUAUAAUUGCAUUUUCCACUGUGAUCACUGCUAGUCCUUAGUCUAAUUUUAAAAAGACUAACAAAUGAUUUCGCAUUUUGUAAUUAUAUUACUGGUGCAUGGCAAAGGGAAAAACUUUAUUUGAAUUUUUUUUAAUAUAUGUGCAUUGAGUUUCUAUAUUGAAAAAUAAAUGCAAUGCCAGUAAAAUGCAAUGUUUUCAAAAUGUCUAUUAACCUUGCCAAUUGAUUGUCUCAUUUUUUUUAAUCUCUCUCUCUCUCAACAUAAUUAUACUAUUCAUAUUAAAAUUGCAGACUUGAGCAAUUGGUCAUUUUUAUAAAAAGAAAAAAAAAUGUGUAACAUAGAUAAACUGUCUUGUAAAAUAGGUGUCUUAGAGAUGAAUGUAACUAUUUAGUAAUUGCAAUUUUCUUCCAUUAAAAAUCCAUGUACAGAUUGUUGAAAUUUCUAUACCUAUAUAUUGAAAGAGAAAAAUUAUUCUUUUUCUUUUUGGUUGACCCAAUAAAGGGACACAACUUUUUCAAAGUGUGGAUUGGACUAUUAUCUUCAUACCACAGAGUAUGAAACGUACUCUAUCUAAUACCCCAUAAUUGUCGAUUUCUGUAUCUAGAGCUUCCUGAAACUCUGCCCCCUGGGGAAAGGGGGGCUUAAAGAGCCCCCCAGACUCUCUGCAAUUGGAAAAAUUUCCAUAGUAUUUUUGCCUAGCUACACAACUGAUUGCUCUUAAUUGUACAUGAAGCAUUAAUCUCGUAAAAAUGUACCAUAUCUGUUAAUUAUUUUCUUGAGAAAAGUUUAAUUCUGCAAUUAGGUUUGUAAACCUUGAAUAAUUUGCUGGUUAAUCCAAUCUAUAUAAAUAAAAUUAGAUCUUUAAUUCA